AUGUUGCCUUCUGCUGCGCGCACAAUUUCUCGUCUCUGCCGUCCAUCUGCCGCAUUCGCGAAACGGUCUUUCACGGUCUCUGUCCCUCGGCCGAUUGCUCCCGGUUCUCCUUCUUGCUCCGUUGCUGCGACCACCCGUGCAAGGACCACCGUUUCCUGUCGCCUUGUCCCUCGCACACACAACUUCAGCACAAUGUCCGCCGUCGCCAAGCGCCUCGCCGGCAAGACCGUCGUCGUCACCGGCGCUUCCUCCGGCAUCGGCCGCAGCUGCGCCUUUGAGUUUGCCCGCACUGCUGCGCCUGCCGGUGGCUUGCGUCUGGUUCUGACGGCGCGCCGCAUCGAUACCCUCCGCCAGAUUGCCGACGACCUCGUCAAGGAGCUCGGCGCGGACAAGGUCCAGGUCCUGCCCGUGCAGCUCGACGUCAGCGACCGCAAAGCCGUGCGCGGUUUCGUCGAAAGCCUUCCCGAGGAGUGGCGCGAUAUUGAUGUCCUGGUCAACAAUGCUGGCCUCGUCAAAGGCGUCGCCCGUGCGCCCGACAUCGCCGAGGAGGACAUUGACGUGAUGCUCGCCACCAACGUCACCGGUCUCGUCCACAUGACCCAGGCUGUCCUGCCCACCUUCCUCAAGCGCGGCUCCGACGGCGGCGCCGGCGACAUUAUCAACAUUGGCAGCAUUGCCGGCCUAGACCCCUACCCCGGCGGAAGCAUCUACUGCGCCACCAAGGCCGCCGUCCGCAGCUUCUCCGAGAGCCUGCGCAAGGAGCUCAUCUCCACGCGCAUCCGUGUCAUUGAGAUCGACCCGGGCCAGGUCGAGACUGAGUUCUCGGUCGUGCGCUUCUACGGCGACAAGUCCAAGGCUGAUGCCGUCUAUGCCGCUAACACCGACAGCGGCGUCAACCCUCUGACGCCCGAAGACAUUGCCGAGGUUGUCGUCUUUGCCGCGUCCCGGCCGGAGAACGUCGUCAUUGCCAACUCGCUGAUCUUCCCCCAGCACCAGGGCGCCGCUGGUCUCCUCUACAAGAAGCAGUAA